AGCCAGCCCGCCUCCUCCUCCUCCCCGCUCUCCGCGGCUCCCCCCGCUGACAUCACUCGGCGCGGAGGAGGGCAGAGCAGGCGGAGGGUGGGGUGACCCGGAGAGAGAGCCGCCCAGCGCAAAAGAAGAAGCCUCGCCGCCGCCGCCGUCGCCACAGCCGCGCACAGACAGACGCUCGCCCGCCACUGCCGCUGCCGCCGCCGCGACGCCCGGCUAGAGGGGCGCGUCCCGUCCAGGAGGGCAGGAGGACGAGGUCGCCGCCGCCGCCGCCGCCGCCCGCUGUGCCCAGGGGGACCGAUCCUGCUCCGGCGCUUCCUGCCGCGGAGAUGGCAGAAUACAGCAGCCUUUUGGAGGAGCUGGCUGAGAACAUCACCAACGAAGACCUGGACCAGCUGAAGUCGGCCUGCAAGGAGGACAUCCCCAGCGAGAAGAACGAGGAAAUCACUACCAGCAAGGACUGGUUCAGCUUCCUUGAAAAGCACAAGAAACUGGACAAAGACAACCUCUCCUACAUCGAACACAUCUUUGAGAUCUCCCGCCGCCCUGACUUGCUCACCAUGGUGGUCGAGUACCGCACCCAAGUACUGAAGAUCACCGAGGAGGAUGAAGUGGACACAAAGCUGACCCGUAUCCCCAGUGCCAAGAAAUACAAAGACAUCAUCCGGCAGCCCUCCGAAGAAGAGAUAAUCAAACUGGCUCCGCCACCCAAAAAAGCUUAAAGUAGGGGGGAGGGGGGAGGAAGGGAGCAGCUGGGAGGAGGAUGACCCCCACCCCCACCCCCUCUGCUCCACUGUGCCCUGACGUUUCCAGCUGCCCUUCUCUCCUCUUCUGGCUACAUCCUGCCCUUUCUCUGUGACUAUCCGCAUGUCUUGUGGGACUGGGGUGGGGAGCAGCCUUGGCCACUAAUUGAGUCUUAAUUCCAACCCCCCUCUCCCCAACCACUACUCCCAACAUACAUAUCCCCACCUUCCCACUGACUGGUGUGGGUGAACCCUCAGGAGGGCUGCUGGGACGGGGGGGGGGGGCAGGGGGCUGGAGGACUGUUGCUAUGCAAACAUGGAGCCCACCUCUCCCCCAAUGCUACUCCCUCCCUUCCACGCCCCCACUGGGAAGGGGCAGACCCCCAAGUUUAACACCCCAACAGAAUCAAGAGCCUUGGCCUGUUGUUGUUCUUGUUCUUGUUGUUGUUAAGCAGGAGGUGAGGAUGGGCAGAGGAAGUUGGAUAGGGGAGAUGAGAUCAGGUGGGUGGGUAUUUUGUAUUUAAAAAGCCACUGGGAGCCCUCCAGUGCAGAACCAGCACCAGGAGCUGGCAUUAAGGCAUCUCUUUGCAGGGGAGAGAUGGGGUGUGUGUGUUAGAAAGGACUGGGCAAUGGGGGGGGGAGAUGGAGAAGGGUUAGGAAGAAGUCACAGCAGCUUUCUAUUCAACACUUUCCUUGUGAGGCUGCAGUGGAAAAGUGGGGCCUGAGGGGGCCCCUAGUUGCUUAGAUGUGCUGGGGGCACCCCUAGGGCCACAGAACAGGGCCCUGCAGCUCCUCCCUCCAGAAUUGUCGCCCCGGCCACACCCUGCAUUGCUCUUGCCAGUAACCCGUGAGGCUGUGCUACCACUCUGACACCUCCAAAGUCAGCCAAGUCUGGCAUUACGGCAGUUUAAGAUUUUGCUGACAUCCCGGCUCAAUGCACACACAGAACGAGCGGGGCACUGGAGAUUUGCACAGCUCAGGCCACGGGACGGGAGCCACACUCCUCUUCAGCCAUGCAAACUGCCAAGACUUAUUUUGGCUGAGCCACACAUCCUAAAAGGGUUGGGGGGUGGGGCAGCUGGUUACAGAGGCGAGCUGGGGAGGGAGGGCAUUUUAAUUUUCUCCCAGGGUGUUAUCUCUGAGGUGGAGAACUAGGGUGCUGGAGUCCCAGGGCAGGGAGAGGGGGACAAGCAGAAGACAGGAGUUGGGGGGAUACAGCCUGAGAGAGAGAGAGAAAGAGAGGAGGGAGAACAAAAGUUUGUGGGGAGAGAGCUGGGUUCAGUUCAGGGGUCUGCUCCUUCCCUGCCAGUCUGUGCUAACGCCGGGGUGGAAGAGCAGGCCUUUCGCCAGGAGGCAAGCUGGGGGGGGCACACACACACCAGCCCACUCCCACUGGCCUGCCAGCCUGCUUUCCUGCCCCCCCCAUUGACUUUGUGCCUUUCCUUGGUGUUGGUCGUGCGGCCGCCGCCUCUCCUUCAACUUGCUCCGUGGGUGCCUCUUCCUCCCUUGUCCGACCUUGACCCCCCCUUCCUCCUUCCUCAGGGGACUGACUUGGUACCACUUCUGCCCCAUUCAGUCCACCCACCCCCUGCCUGCUGGCUCCCCUUGAGUGGAGGGCUAUUUCCACAGGGGGCAUGUGGGCAACCCUUAAACGUCGCGUCUUUUUCUUUGCCGUGGUUUCUACUCAGCUCGUGGACCGCCUUGCUGUUCUGCUCAGUGGCUGCAUUGUCAUAGAUGGGAGUGGGGGCCUGGAGGUUUCCUCUUACCCAUGGGGAUGGGGGGGACCGUUGAGGGUUUCCCUGUGGAAUUGCCUGCCUGCCUGCCUGUUUGCCCUCCACCCACCCAGGAUACAGCCUGAUGUGGAGGGUGGGCCUCUUGAUGCUCCCAGGUUGCAACAGGAGCAUCUCUGAAGCAACCAAGUCUACCAGCACCCUCCCCCCCUGCCUGGACCCAAGACAGCCGGUGACACUGCUUGCAUGCACUCAUCCUGCAUCCCUGCAUACCAUCAUCAAGACACCCAUGUCUUAAGUAAAUCAGGGAAGUCCGGAGGGGCCUGGCCACAUUUCUGCUUACAGAGAAAUAUGUGUUGCCUCCCCCUGCAGCACCUGCAGCCCCCUUGGGUGCCAAGCAGCUGCCUUGAGUACGUGUGUGUGUGUGUGUGUAAGCGGGCUAAAAUGUUUAAGGAACAAGUGUGGGGGGGGGGGACAGAAAUCCACUUGCACCAAGGAGGAAAGUGGGAUUUGUCGGCCUCUCUGUCUCCCCACACAGUUUGUUUCCAGAUGGAGCCAGAUUAAGACAGUCUCCCUGCCUCACAUGGCUGCUGGGGGUGUAGAGGAGGCGGAGGGAGGGAAGCGGGGGAACGUGACUGUUUCUGGGCGCCCAAAGCUGUGAUCCUGGCUGCUGCGUUCGUCUCUCUGCUGCAGCUUCCAUUGCACAUAUAUUGCCAUUAAACUAACUGCACCUGUUCGGGGGGGGGGGAAUGCUUCUCAGUUGUUGUUUUUAAAAAGAGACCCACCACCACCCAAACAGUGGAACUUGCAUCAGACUGCAAAAGGAAAAUAUAUAUAUAUAUAUAUUAUUUAAUUAAUGCUGAAAAACUGCGCUGUGCAUCCUGGUGUUGUUGGCCAGGUAAUAUUUCCUCCUCUUUUCUCCCUGGCCCCCUACCUUCAACCUUAAAGCGAGACCACAUGUUCCUGCCCUUCCCCCUUGCAGGUAGUAUUGUGUUCUUUUGUGUUAUGUAUCAACAGGUGGGCUAGGUCUGUGUUUUUUACAAGGCAUCUUGUUUAGGUCUCCCCUUCCCCACCCCCCACCCCGGCAGUCCCGCUGCCUCUCUACCCACCACACACAGCCUGAGCCUUGCCUUCAAUCCCCACCCCCCCACUCCCUGGGUCAGGAUCUCGGCUGCAGUGGCUCGUUCCUGCCCGACCAGAUGCAUUCCUGGCACAAAACUCCCUCGGUGUGUGUUGGUGUGCAAUGACUGUUCAGAAGUCCAGAGAGCUGGCAGAAAGGGGGAGUGGGGGGGGGGAAGGUUCCUCCGGAGCAGGGCAGGGGGUCAGCAGCGGAAGAGAGACAGGCAGUGGCCCCAGUUCGAGAGAGGCAAGCUGCCGUCACUACAACCACUCUGCACCCCCCUGCCUUCAGUUUGGCAUGGUGGGGCCUUGCCUCCAAACGGCAUCACAAAGCACCUUCUGGCAAUUUGAGGUUGGCCAUGUAGAUCUGGACGCAACUCCAAGGGCGUAUGGCAAACUCAGCUGGGCUCUCAGCACCCUACUUGUUACGUUUCUGGGGUGGGCCAAGCCUAGAGAAAUGGGCCAGAGCACAGCUUCCUCAGAAGGCGGUGGACUCUCCUUCGCCGGAGGUUUUUAAGCAGAGGUCAGAGGGUCAUUUGUCCUGGAUGCCUUAGUUGCAAUUGAGAUGUAGGGGCUUGGAGUGGGUGUCGCUUCUCAUUCAGCAAUUCCAUGACUCUGUGGAGGGGGCUUCUUAAAGCUAUGAGGAGCAUUAGCAGAGGGGAGUGCUCACUCUCAGCUAGGGGCUUCAGGGACACUGGAGAGGGCUCUGGGCUGCUUGCACUUGCUUGGUGCCCUCCUAAGAGAAGCCUUUGUGUGAGGAGGCGUAGAAGCACUUCAGCAAAUGCUGCUAGAGGUGCAAAAAUUGCACAGGAAGGGAAGGGGCUGCUACUGCCGCCUUUGCCUUCUUUCUCUCCCCCUGCGUCCUUCCAAGGUCCUACAGUAACAAAAAUCAGCUCCAGGAAGCCUCUGCCUUCUCAGCUGUCCCACCCCACCUGCUGCAAAAGGCCCCAAAGCCAAAACCUCGGCAGAAGGGUGGUCUCUAGUUCAGCUGGCCUUAAGUAUCCCCACACACCCCUAAUACACACACUUCUGAUGUUUACAGCUGAACAGUUGGUGGUGGUGAUGUCAUUGCAAAUUAGCAAAUUGGCAGAGGGUAAAAAUAGUGUCAAAAAGAAACAGGGCGGGGGGGGGGAGGUUGGAAUUUAAAAGCGAACAAACAGCUCAAAACAAAGCGAAGAACAAAGGAGCUGAUUAGGAGGCAGCUCAGAAUCACAGGAUGCAGAAAACACUUUUUUGCUUUGGGGCUAAAUGCCCACCACCCUUGGCAUGGCCAAGUCCUUCGCUGCUCGUAAGGGCAGCCCUUGCUUGGUCUCCAGCUGAAUACGCCUCAAAUGUUUUGCAAGCCCAGUGACAUUGCCAGAGAGAGGGAGGCUCUCUGCUAGGUCAGGGCUGGGGGUGCGGGUGGAGACACACAUACACCUGUGUGGCCCUCCAGCUGUGGCUGCACCACACACACACACACACACACACACACACACACACACACACACACUGGCUCUCCAGGAUUUGAGGCAGGGGAAAUUCCCAGCCUUACUGGACACUGCUGGGGAUUGAAUCUGGGGCCUUCUGCAAGCCAGGCAUGUGCUCUGCUGCUAUGCCACCUAUGAGCAAGGCCCUGCACUGCUUAAAAGAACCUCCUCCCAUAAGCCACUCCUAUAUAAACACACACACAAAAGCAACUUUGCACACAAUGUUAAUUUAACCACAACACUUUCUUACCUCCAAGAUGAGCACAAAGAGGCAACUUCCAUGCAGACUGAAUGUUACCAGUCAAACCACCUCUGGUGUCUCAGAUUCAAAAUUCCAGGACACGGUCAGGGUUUUUGUUUUGUUUUAAUAGUACAAACCCGCCCUCUGUAUUACGUUCAGGUGCAUGAAUUGUAGUCCGCUGCAGCAGGAACAAACCUCCAGGAGCCAGAACAGGGGAAAGAAACACCCAGGCACAAAUCCUGCCUCUCUGCCAGCUCUCUCUACUUCCUCCCUCCCCAGCUGUCCCUGACCCCUGAUGCUCAGACCGUGCUAACUGUGUGUACAUAUAUAUUAUAAAUAUAUGUAUAUUAAAUAUAAUAUUGAGUGUUUAGUGUUAACUUAUUCUCUUUUUUUUGUCAAGUGGACCAAAAAAAAAAAAACCCACAGCAAACAGGAACUGUUAACAAAGUAUUAGUUUCUAACUCAACACAAUUUUUGAUUAAAGUAGUAUUUUUUUGAACAAAAUGAUAAAUAAGCAUAACUUCAGUAUAGCUGAAGUUGGCUGGCCCAAGGUAUUUAGCUUAUAUACAAUUUGGCUAAGCCAAAAAUACACAGUGGAGGGAUAAGGACUACCUCGAAGGGUUGUUGUGGGGAUUUACUGAAAAAGGCAGUAUUCUCUGUAAAGUCCAGAUAAAAAACAGGCCUCUCUUGUGUUCACUCGAAUCAAGCAGACCUAUGGAAAGUAUUUACCACCACCCCCUGCAAGUAAAUGAACUUGGCAGGUUGCGGUUCUUUACUCGUGGGCUGAGAUGCCCCUGAGCCUUGUUUGCACCAUGCUCUGCUAUGGAUUCCUUCCUUGGAGGUUUUAAAAGAGAGGCUGGAGGGCCACCUGCCAGGGAUUCUUCAGCUGUGACCCCUGCAUUGAUGGCUAUUGGGGUUCCUCACCACACUAUACUCUGCUAAUGAAUAGCUUUUCCUUUCCUUUGCCAGUCUUCCUCACACACAGCCAGAUAGCCCCCCUCCCCCCCCGGUAACACCACCCUCCAUCACUGUAGCCACUGGCGAGAAAAAAAUCUGUUCCAGACUGCCAUUCAUUUCCCGCUGCCAGGCAUAGGCAAACUCCAGCCCUCCAGAUGUUUGGGACUACAAUUCCCAUCAUCCCUAGCUAACAGGACCAGUGGUCAGGGAUGAUGGGAGUUGUAGUCCCAAACAUCUGGAGGGCCGGAGUUUGCCUAUGCCUAGGCCAAACACUGCCAACUUCAAUAAAUGAAAAAUGUACGUUUAAAAAACGGGGAAAGCCAGUACUCCCAGGAUGGCCAAUGACAAGGAAGUGUGCCAUGGGUGCUAAAUAAAUGCCAGAGUUUUGUGGGUUAAGUGUUCCCAAUGAAAUCCGGGUUGGGGGGGGGGAGCAGGGUUUGCUUCCACUGUGCUGGAUUGGGGCAAUUGUCCAGAUUCAGAAAACCACUGAAGCGAGUGUGUUUUAACAGUCGAGUGGAAGUGAUGGAUGGCAGUCUCACUUUCUGCCCAGCAGAAGGGAAGUUAAAAAGGAAGCAGCUCUCAAGGAGAGCCCAAGUCCUGCAUUGACAGGGGGUCUGGACUUGGCCGCCUGCAACCCACCCACCUGCUCUCCAAUUCCAUGUUUCCAAGUCAACACGAGGGGUCAGGGGUCUCCACAGCUCCCACCCACCCCCCCAAGAUCUUGAGUUGCACCCAAAUUGGUGCCCCUACCCCAAGAGUGGAUUGCUGGCUUGCACUGUUCAUUCCUACCUUCUCCUGUAAGUGGCGAUGUUCUUCGCAACUUUUUUUUAAAAAAAGAAAAAUGUUUCUUUAAUCAAAACUUGUCAUAACGGGAAAGUUAAUUUUUUAAGGGUUUUUGUUUUGUUUUUUUAGAGUAAAGGAAUAAAAUCUCUGGCUUUGAUUACUCUCCCCUGAUCCCCACCUUCGAAUUUUCUCUCCAAAAUGUAAUGAAAGUCAUUGUGCUAAUCAUGGAAAUAAAAGUCAAAGGUAUUGUGUA